AUGUUUUCUCGUCUUCCAUUGCCUAUCCAAAUGAUAACUUUGAAUGAUUUACUUUUAGCGCAUGUUUAUGAGUUCAAUAGGGACCCAUUUGUUCGGAAGGUUCCUGAUUCAUUUGCUAAUCGUUUGUAUCCUGUGUUUGUUAUGAAAAACAAUCUCCAAGGUGAUUUGGUUGCAACACCAAUACUACAAGAUCUACAACCGACUAAUAAUCCUGACUAUUUAUCGAUUCUACGCUUUAUCGAUUAUUGGAGACUUUUCAUUGAUAUUGACCUAGUUCAGUGCUAUCGUUGGAUGGACUUGCAUCACAUCUUCUUACUCUUGGAAUACGAUUCACCUCUACCACCUAACUUACAUUUUCCUCCAUCAGACAAGCGCGAUGCUUCUCCUCUAUCAUGUCGUCAAGCUCUUUUCCGUGUUCAUACUCUUCUCUCACAAUGGUCAAGUUUUGUUUGCUCGAAAAUAGUACCUAUAUAA